UGAAAGGAGCCUAAAAACUAAAACACUUAGAACAAACAAAAGAAGAAGAAGAAGAAAAACAAUACAAAAGAAUGAUUACUUCUCAACUUCAUAUAGCACUUCUUGCUUUUCCUUUUGGAAGUCAUGCAGCUCCUUUACUCACACUUGUCCAAAAAAUCUCUCCAUUUUUACCAUCAAACACAAUAUAUUCCUUCUUCAACACAUCAAAUUCCAACACCUCAAUCUUCUCAAAAACUCCAAAUCAAGAAAACAUCAAGAUUUACAAUGUUUGGGAUGGUGUCAAAGAAGGCAAUGACACCCCUAUUGGUCGUGAAGCCAUUGAUCUCUUUAUGCAAUCAACUCCUACAAAUUUCGAAAAAUCAAUGAAAGAGGCAGAGGAUGAAACAGGGGUGAAAUUUUCUUGCAUAUUUAGUGAUGCUUUUUUAUGGUUUUCUUGUGAAUUUGCUAAGAAAAUGAAUAUCCCUUGGAUUGCUUUUUGGACUGCUGGUUCCUGUUCAUUGUCUGUCCAUUUGUACACUGAUUUAAUUCGAUCGAACAACGAAACAUUGUUGAAAAUCCCUGGAUUUUCAUCCACUUUGAGAAUGAAUGACAUUCCACCUGAAGUUAUAGCAGAGAAUUUAAAGGGGCCAAUGCCAUCUAUGUUAUACAACAUGGCAUUAAAUUUGCACAAAGCCAAUGCAAUUGUUCUUAAUUCCUUUGAGGAAUUGGAUCCAAUAAUCAACAAAGACCUCAAAUCAAAGCUACAAAAGGUACUCAACAUUGGCCCUUUAGUUCUGCAAUCAUCAAAGAAUGUAUUGUUAAAUGCCAAUUCUGAUGAAAGUGGAUGCAUCCAAUGGCUUGACAAACAAAAAGAAAAAUCAGUUGUGUAUCUAAGUUUUGGUACUGUUACAACAUUACCUCCUAAUGAAAUAAUCGCGAUAGCAGAAGCAUUAGAAUCGAAAAAAAUGUCUUUUAUUUGGUCGUUAAGAGACAAUGGGAUCAAGAUUUUACCUAAAGGAUUUCUUGAAAGAACAGAGGAAUUUGGGAAAAUAGUUCCUUGGGCACCCCAAUUGGAAAUCUUGUCACAUUCAUCUGUUGGUGUUUUUGUAACACAUUGUGGAUGGAACUCUAUUUUGGAAGGCAUAUCAUAUGGUGUGCCUAUGAUAUGUAGGCCUUUUUUUGGUGACCAAACAUUGAAUAGUAGAAUGCUGGAAAGUGUUUGGGAAGUUGGUUUGCAAAUUGAAGGUGGAAAUUUUACUAGAAGUGGAACAAUUAGAGCAUUGGAUACUUUUUUCAAUGAGGAAAAAGGAAAGGUAUUAAGGGAAAAUGUUGAAAGGCUAAAAGAAAAAGCAUUAGAAGCUGUGAAAACAAAUAAUGGGAGUUCAAUAGAAAAUUUCAAGGUUCUAGUUGAGCUAGUUAAAUGUCACAAGCCUACUUGAUUGUAUUAGUAUGUUAUAAUUGCAAUAAGUGACAUACUAUGUAUUAUUAUCUGGAACUUUGCUUCAGUGUAUUGUAGAAUAAAUUCUUGUUGUAGUAUUUGGAUACUCGUUUUUUCGUUUCAA